AUGGUCCAACAUGAUCCAACAUCAUCCAACGUGAUCCAACACGCAAGAGACGCGCAGGUUGUGGGUCCCAAGUGCGGGAAGACACUGGCAGGGGCAGGCAAGGGCAGGCAUGCACUAUCCGCCGAUCAGGCCGAUCAGGUUUCAAGGUCUGGUUGUCUGGUUACUGGCAAACCGGGUUGGGAUGUGUUGUGUUUCUCUGCGGACUCCGUGUCGGGACUAGGCAGCGGGGAUCGCGGGUUGGUGGGGAAAAGAGAUGAUACAUAUACUCGUGAGCCAAGGGCGGCCAAGGCCCUAGGUGGAUUUGCCUGUGUUCAAACACAUGUUCCUAUGGUGUUCAGCCAAGGCCUCUGA